AUUUUUAGCCGCACCUGUUGCAGUCACACUGCCUUACGUGUUAGGAAAUAAAUUUAAGUUUUUUUUCCCAAAAUGCCGAAAAAGAAAACAGGGCAGCGAAAAAAGGCAGAAAAGCAAAAACUGCGGCUUAAGGAGAUCCGCAGCAGGGAGGUGCCUUUGGCAGAUGUGCCCUGCAAUGCGCCGAUGGAGUGUGACAAGUGUGAGAAGAAGCAAAAAUCGCGAGCCUUCUGCUACUUCUGCCAAAGCCUGCAGAGGCUACCAAUUUGCGCUCAGUGUGGAAAGAUUAAGUGCAUGCUGAAGACAGGAGACUGUGUGGUGAAGCAUCCGGGAGUCUAUACUACCGGUUUGGGUAUGGUAGGCGCCAUCUGCGACUUCUGCGAGGCUUGGGUGUGCCACGGACGCAAAUGCCUCCAGAAUCACGCCUGCACGUGUCCGUUGCAGAAUGCGACCUGCCUGGAGUGCGAACGCGGUGUCUGGGAGCACGGUGGACGUAUCUUCAAGUGCUCCUUCUGCAACGGAUUCUUGUGCGAGGACGACCAGUUCGAGCACCAGGCCAGCUGUCAGGUGUUGGAGUCGGAGAACUACAAGUGCCAGUCUUGCAACAAGCUGGGCCAGUACUCCUGCCUACGAUGCAAGACCUGUUACUGCGAGGAUCAUGUGCGCCGCAAGGGUUUUAAGUACGACAAGAACAAGGCCAUUCCGUGUCCCAAGUGCAACUACGACACCUCUGUGACCAAGGACCUCAGCAUGUCUACGCGUUCCCACAAAUUUGGGCGUCAGCAACAAGGAGGCAACAGCGACGACGAGGAUGGAUAUGGUGGAUACUUCGGAGCCAGUGGCAGUGGAGGAGGCUACUAUGGUGGUGCUGCCAGUGGUGGUUAUUCCUAUGGCGAUGAUGAUGAUGAUGAUGAUGAAUCUGAUGGAGAUUACGAGGAUGAAAGCGAUGAAGACGACGAUGAUGAUGAGGAGGACGAAGACGAGACCACGGAGAGCGAGGCGGAGAAGGAAACCGACAAAAAGGCCACCAAAUAAGGCUGAAUUGUUUAUAUAUAAAUGGCCUUUUGUUAGACUCGGCUGUGCAUUCGUUGCUCUCAAUGUAAUUCUGUAAUAAAUUCUUUGUGAAAUUGUA